GGCAGCCAAGCUGUAACUCGUAUCUCGACGAUUCGCGACUGGCAUCGCAAACUCAGAUUUACGAAUAUUUAUUUGCCCUCGGCAGUUCGCAUUUUGUUGCUCGGUUUCCUGCGACUGCCGAGCGAUUUCUGUGUGCAACUACACGUGCGCACUAAUCGCACUUCUGCGGAUGUCGCAUUAACCUGCACGAAGCGCGCGUGGGGCCAUAUAGAGUCAUCGGCGAGCUGGAUUUGUACAGACCUGCUUAUAAUUUGCCGAGAGAAGGGCGCGCGUGCUCUGAACGUUGCCUAACAUGGACCAACAGCCUUUUGAUAACGACAUCAUGUCGUUUCCGGAUCCCUCUGAAUUCGACUAUGCCUCCUUUCUGCAGGCCGACGACAUGGGCUUCAUGGAUACUAUGCAGGGCCAGUCGACGGGUUCGCUAUCCGGGUCGUCAGGAGGAAUGCACACACCCCCCUAUCCCGGCUCCAGGAGCCUAUCCAGCAGCAGUAACAAUAACUACAAUGCCGUGGACAUGAGCCUCCGUCGACUGCCGGCGCAGCAAAGGCAGCGGUUGGAGCGGAGAGGCCAUACCAAGAGCCGUCGGGGAUGCUACAACUGCAAGAGACGGCGUAUCAAGUGUCAAGAGACACACCCGGCCUGUGGUCAUUGUCUUAAGACGGGUCUGAAAUGCGAGUACCCUGCUUCGCCCCAGAUCACCCACCAGCCUCACAAUCAGAUACCUUUAUUCAGUUUGCAGGACAUGCGAUGCUUCCAGUACUUUUUGACACAGUGCUACCCACACCAUCCUCUGAAGCAGGAAGAAAUUUGGACUCACGAGAUUCCAAGCAUAGCACAUAACCACGAGUUUCUUAUGCAUGCCAUUCUGGGGUAUGCCGCCUCAGAACUGAUGCAUGCAGAUAGUAACCUUGCGCCGGUGGCUAUGGGGCACCGCAUCAAAGCCAUCAAGGCGAUAAAGAAGCGAUUAACAGAGACGUCAAAGAUGGACACGACUUACGAAGAGGCGAACGCCCUAGUAGCUACCUGCUUCGCACUCACUUUCCAGUCCGUCAGCCUCGAGGACGGCUUGGCCGAGUACAUGACGUUCAUUCGCGGCAUUGUCAUUGUGGGGAUGCAAAUGAUGUUUAAGAGCAUCAAGCCUCUUUUCAGCAAUCUGUUUGAGUCCAAUAACGAUGAUGUCCUUGCGCCACUUAUGGAAGGACUGCCGUUGAUCCAGAAGGGAUGGGCGGAGACGGCUAUUGAAUCCAUUACGAACUUGGGCCCGCUGUGUACGCACCAGGUUGAAAUCGAAUAUCAUGAAAAGCUGAUGACCAUUGCGUCCCAUCUCCUCACCAACUCAUUCGAAGCGUACAAGGCCAAUUCGAGGCAAUACGCAUGGUGGAUGCUGUUGCCUCAUGCCUCUUUCCAAGAACUUAUCAACUCCAAGAAUCAAGUCAUCAUCUUGUUGCACACCCAUUGGAUAGCGCUGUCGCAAAUCAUGGCUUUCAUUAAUGAGCAAGAGUAUGAGGUGCGAGAGAAGCACCCUGCUCAACAAGAGAGUAGCCGUAUCGACCCAGGAUUCAUUCGCUGGCUCAAGUAUCUGAACGCGCGUGUCAACCAAGGACAUCAGAUGUUCAACCAGUGGCCAAGAUGGGUAGAUGAGCAGCUGGACCUUGAUAUAACCUUUUUCGGAAAGCGUCGGUAGAGAGACAAUUUUUGGAUUCGAGCAAGUUGGCAGGCAUAUUGGCGUCGUUUGUUUGCGGCGUAUUUACUCGACAUAUAUAAUGACUGGUACGAAAUCGAUGGGCGAUCGGUGUGUGAAUCAAGCUGAUCAGAUGGCGAUGAUUAGUGUACGAGGCUUUGAGCUGGUCUUUCCGGUAUAUGUAACCUUGGUUUUAGUCUCUGUAUAGAUGGUAAUCGAAGCGGUGUGUGAUUGUUUCUGUUAGAAGCGGUGCCCAUUACCGCGAGUUGCGACUAUGAAAGCCAGGUUGUAACACAAACCGGGAUACUUGGCGGAGUCGGAGUUAUCUACGGGGCCCGGUGUUAUCCGAUGAGCCCGUGAAGGUGAGGAGUCCAUGGAAAGUGAGGCGUCCGUGGAAGGUGAGGAGACUGUGGUAGCCGAGGAGUCUGUACAACCGAGGAGUCUGUAAGCCGAGGAAUCUGGGGGUGAUUGUUGGAGUUGG